AUGAAAGUCACGAAUUCAGAAAAGAAGCCGGAUCUACAAGUUUUGUUAAAGCUUGACACAGUGGAAAAUGAAAUAGUACUUGCUGAGGAUGAUACUACCAAUAUAGCCAGAUCAAUAAAUGUCAAGUUAGGGAAAGUUCCUGUUUUAGUUAUACCAUUACAUAUUUCCUCACGGCCGAUAGUUGAAGAAUUUUUAAAGAACACCCUUAAAAUGAGGUUCAUGGUGGAAAAAAUUAUUGCAAUGUCUGUUGAUGUGAAGGACGAAAUUAGUCUUUUGCCAGUAACUGAAGAUCAGACUCCAUCAACAUCAAUGAUGUUGACAACAUAUUCUCCGCCAAAAAAUUUUUAG